CAUUGUGCCGGUUAUAAAAGCAGGUGAGACUCCACUGCUGCAGAACUCCACCUGACAGACAUCACAUGUUAGAUCCUUACAGAAGAGCAAUGACCAUUAAGCUGUUUCUUCUCCUUCUGGUUCCCGUGGCGACCAGCUGCUCAGCUCUCAGCCUCCCUCUGGACUGCAAUGAUGUCUACGUCCAAGACACCAGCCGACCCAGCGGAGUUUACACCAUCUAUCCCAUCGGAACCACAUCGGCCGUCCAGGUUUACUGCGACAUGGACUCUCUGGGAGGAAAGUGGACGGUUUUCCAGAGGAGGAUGGACGGCUCCGUGAACUUCUACAGGCCCUGGGAUCAGUACAAGUUCGGCUUCGGGAACGCGGCGGGAGAGUACUGGCUCGGUCUGGAAAAUGUCUUCCACCUGACUAAGAGGAGAACAGAGCUGCUGAUCGACAUGGAGGACUUCGAUGGAAACAAGUCGUAUGCCUGUUACACCUCGUUCUCCGUGGGCCCACAGUCUGACGGCUACAGACUUCACCUGACUGGAUUCACUAACGGAGGGGCAGGAGACUCUCUGAGUCACAUCAGUGGACAAAAGUUCUCGACAUUCGAUAAAGAUCAGGACACCUGGGUGAACAACUGCGCCCGAUCGUUCCUUGCAGGGUUCUGGUACUCCGAUUGUCACAGUGCGAACCCAAACGGCGUGUACCUCUGGGGGGCCGACAGCACUCUUUAUGCCAUCGGAGUGGAGUGGACGUCCUGGAAGGGCAGGGGCUACUCCCUCAAGGCCAUCAGCAUGAAGAUCCGUCCAGCAUAGUGAACUGGGAUGGGAUUGAAGCGUCAUCAGAAGUUUCCAGGAACCUGGAGUCUCCAGCAAUUCUGCAGGACGUGAUGAAAGAAGCGGCGCGAAAGAUUGGACUCAAACAAAUACUGGAGAAAUGGUCAGAGGCAGAGCAGCCGGUCAGAGUCGUCCCACUCAGUCACUGAACUCGGAAGGAACUCAGCAGCGUAUCAAAUCCCCUUCCUCAGCAAAUCCAGUGCGAAGUUCUUAGCGUUUUGCUAUAGUUGCCAUGAUGCCUGUGCAGCUCACAACAGCAGCAGCUCUCCUACGCUGCCGCACGGCGUAAACCCGGCCAGCAUGAGCCUCGUAGCGCACAUGUUGCAUUUGGAGGCAGCUCGGAAAAAUGGGUGACGACGUGUUGACGGAUUAAACUGUUGAACUGCAGAUGAGAGACAGGAGACAUGACACGGAAGAGCGGAAAUCCCUAUUAUAUCAAAUAGAAAUAGGAAUAAUGGAGAGUUGACCGUUCUAAGGUAAAAACAACGAACAGCGUCCAGUCCGGGAGAAGGGGGAGGGGGGCACGGUGCCGGUGUUACGCCGAGAAACAGCAGUAGCUCAGAGAACAGGUGUCAUUACGUAGAAAAAAAUGAAAUCCCUCUUAACUCUUCCUUUCUUCAAGUUAGCAGGGGGAUCUGUCUGUGGAUCUCCCUCUCCAUUUCCCCCCUCAUUCUGUUUCAGAUCUAAGGUAAAAACAACAACAACAAAAAAAACAUGGGACCGUUCCCUUUUGUCCUUUGUCAGCAAUUUUCACACUUUAUUUUUCUGAAAAUGUGUAUUUUAUUGUUGCUUCUGUAGCUGAGUUAAUUUCAUUUAUUUAUUUAUUUAUUAUUUUAUGAACCUUGUCAAGACAUUUUUAUUUCUGUUUUGUCAAAUUAACAUGUCUGCUGACAUGGCUAUUUCUGUUUUAUACUGCUUUUAUUUUUGGUUCCUAAUGUAAAUAUUGUUUUUUGGAGGGACGUUAUUAAUGUUGCACAAAGCAACGUUCAGUGACGUAGAUGCUGCAGCAGCCAGGCAGAAGCUGCCUGACUGAGCUGCUGGUAAGAUGCGCUCUGAAGCUACCUCUCACUUUUAAUAAUGUUUAUAUUGUUAACAAUAGUUUUCACAGCUUUUGUUCUGCAUAAAAAUAUAAUGUUGACUGUGUAAGUGUUUUUUAAAAAAAGCUUUGGUGUUGGUUAAAGUUAAUUUGUUACGUUUAUUAAGUUUGUAUAAAGUUUCCUUCCAAAAUGUGUUUGUUGGGCUGCAGGACUGUGACGGUGAUUGUGUGUAUCAUACCCGGUGCUGAGUGUGUCCCACACUGUUUUAUAGGAAUAAACCAACGCAGAGCUUGA